AACGAAGUAUUAUUGGUGAUUUCACAAACAAAUAAUUAAUACAUGGAGUUCCAACAAAUAAUACCCUCUUUCCAAGUCCUUCUCUUUUCAUUUUUUAUGAUUAUUGUGGUGAGCAUACUCUUGAAGAGAGCUCAAACAAGCAAUAACUCAGCUUCAAAACUACCCCCAGGUCCAUGGAGACUACCCUUCCUGGGAAACUUGCACCAACUUUUGGGCCCUUUGCCUCAUCACACAUUCAGAGACUUAGCCAAAAAACAUGGACCAUUUAUGUACCUCAAAAUUGGACAAGUUCCAACCAUAGUAGUUUCAUCACCAGAGUAUGCUAAAGAGGUCAUGAAAGUCCAUGAUAAUGCUCUUGCAUCAAGACCCAAUAAUCUUGUUACGCAAAUCUUGGCAUAUAAUGGUACGGACAUUAUAUUUGCUCCAUAUGGUCAGUAUUGGAAAGAGGUAAAAAAGAUUUGUGUGCAAGAGCUUCUAACCCUAUCUAGGGUUAAAACUUUUCAACCCAUUAGAGAAGAAGAGUCGUUUAAUAUUGUAAAAAAUAUAGCUUCAAAAGUUGGCUCACCUAUCAAUCUUACUCAAAUGUUGAAAAGUUUGUCUUAUAGCAUCAUAGCUAGGGCUGCCUUUGGCGAGAAAAGAAGUGAUCAUGAUGACUUCGUAUAUAUUAUGAAGGAAACUGUGAAAUUGUCUGCAGGGUUUGCAUUUGGAGAUGUGUUUCCAUCUUUGAGUUUUCUUGAUUGGUAUACUAUAAGUAAAUUCAAAGAUUUGAAACUAAGGUCUUCAAGAAUAGUGGACAGAAUUAUCAAGUUACAUAUAGAUGAUCAAGACAAGGAGAUCAAAUCACCCACAAAGAAAAGUGGAGAAGAGGAAGACUUGGUUGAUGUUCUUUUGAGGUUUCAUAAAAGUGAAGAUCCUAAUAAGUUCACAUUAACAAAGGACAAUCUUAAAGCAAUUAUUGCUAGCAUAUUUGGAGCUGGGAGUGAUACAUCAUCAGUAACUAUGGAGUUGGCUAUGGCAGAAAUGAUGAGAAAUCCAAGAGUGAUGAAAAAAGCUCAAGACGAGGUUAGAGAAGUCUUUGCCGAAAAAGGGUUUGUGGAUGAAUCUUCAAUCAAUGAGAUGACAUACUUAAAAUCAGUUGUGAAAGAAACUUUAAGGUUGCAUCCCCCAGCUGCCAUGUUAUUUCCAAGAGAAAGUAGAGAAAAGUGUGAUAUUAAUGGUUAUGAAAUUCCUAUGAAAACUAAGAUACUUGUAAAUGCAUGGGCAAUUGGAAGAGAUCCUAAAUAUUGGACUGAACCUGAGAGUUUUAUGCCAGAGAGGUUUCUUGAAAGCUCUAUUGAUUUUAAGGGAAAUAAUUUUGAGUUUAUCCCAUUCGGCGCUGGAAGGAGAAUAUGUCCCGGAAUAUCAUUUGCUCUCACCAGUAUUGAGCUUCCUCUAGCAUUUUUGCUAUAUCAUUUCGAUUGGAAACUUCCCAAUGGAAUGAAACCUGAAGAGUUGGAUGUUAGACUAAAGAGAUUUGGUAUUACAGUCUGUAGAAAGAAGGAUUUGUACUUGAUUCCUUCUAAAUAUGAACCACCUUCUAUGGCCAAAGCAAUUAAUAUAAAGUAGUUUUCGUUUUCAAAUUAUAUUAUAUCAAUAAAUAUUUACUAAAUAAACGUAAACCUUUGUAUAUCAAGUAACUUUGUAAUAUAAAUUAGCAAAUCUGUAUCACUUUCAAAUAAUUAUAUCAAUAGAUAAUAUUUACUAAAUAAAA